AUGUCAGGUUCUAUGCACACCAACAUCACCACCAUGGCGCUUCUCCUGGUGGAACAGCUUCUGGCAUAUGCAGCGGGCCAUGUCUACGCGCACGUGAUUGCCAUCCGCGUCAACACCCAGCAAGAAUCCGACUUGCUUCUUGUGGACUACACCCGCAAUUCUGCCCUCAACGAAAGCUCGAGGUUUCCCUUCGACACAGACCUCGAGAUGGGGCUCCAGGUGAAAGCGCCCAUCGAAAUGGUCACGAGGCUCGCGCAGGACUACAGAAAGGUGUUUGGCGGCGACAUGUUCGACCGAAACGCCGCCAGGCUUCGGGAGCUGAGCUGGAUUGCCAUGGCAGGCCUGUUUUGCUUGGUGCGGGCGCAGCUCAAGGUUCUGCGGCGGAAAACGCACUUGGGCGGCUUCACGCGGCUGUUGGCGCUUCUCUCGCUGGCGCACGUGGAUUGCGGCGCUUUUGUCCGGCGCUUGGUCGAACACAACCCGCAGUUUCCGAGCGAGGCCAUAUAUGAGAAGUGGUGGGCCCGGUUCCCGCCUGGGACGGCGCCGGCCAAGACUGCUGGAGUAUCGCGCGAGCCGCCCAGCCAGCCUGAUGACGGCGAUCUGGACGGUGGGCAUAAGUUCCAGAAACUCAGUUCGGCGCAGCGCAUCAAGCUCGAGAAAAACGAACAUCUUCGCCAGAUGUUGCAGCCGGUGGAAACGCAGCUAUUGACGCAGCCGAGCCAGUUCUCGCAGGAGAGCCAGUUUUUGCAGAGCCAGGAGAGAGCGAUGAAUCAGGUAGAUCGGACGAGUCAGAGAGACCAGAACCAGAGAGACCAGAACCAAAGAGACCAGACGAACCACACCAUCCAGACUCCUCAAGCGCAUGGAGACACCAAUGCAACUUCUCCCGGUUCUCCGUUUCUGCCCAGCGAUCCUGAAAACUCCCAGUUCAGUCUAGCUGCGUUGAACCGCAUUCUCUCGGACUCGCCCGACGAAACAGUCUACUCUACAAGGGCAUUUGUGGUGGGGUCUCUUCCGCAAGACCUCACACUCGUGUGCACAAAAAACUACGUGGAGGUUGACGGCGACAUUCAGCUUUCAGACCCUCUUGUGAGACCAUUGGAGUUGUAUCUAGCAGACUCCACCGAAAAAGUCUUGGGUCCAGCCAAUUCGCUAGUGGUGCAUAUCCCAAAGGAGCAGGUUCUUCCUUUUUUUGGUUGCAAGUUCCCCGAGCAAUUGUACACGCAGCUUGCGCUGUUCCAAGAACGGUUUCGCCAAAGAAGAAAGCGCUGGGUGGCUUUGGAUCUCGAAGCCAUAUCUGUCGAUGGAAGACCAACAUGGACGCUACAUAAGCUGCGCUUCGAGCAACUUUUGAAAGACAGUUGA